CGUCACGUUCCCUCCGAUGGUCGUGUUUACAUCCAGAACUGGGGGAACUGAAGAAACGCAAUAUUUACCCGGAUACAUCCAUACGGGAAAUCUAUGAAACGUCUUGAUAUCAACUCUCUUGGCCAACAUUUAAACUUGUUUUCGGGCGAGCUGCUAAACUGCGCCACGUUUGGCUCGCUCGCAGAGGGAGGAGGAUGGGUGGGGUGGUGAGUGCGGGGGAGGACAAUGAUGAGCUCAUUGACAACCUGAAGGAGGCUCAGUACAUCCGCUCGGAGGCUGUGGAGCAGGCCUUCCGCGCCGUGGACCGCGCCGACUACUACCUGGGCGAGUUCCGGGACAGCGCCUACAAGGACCUGGCCUGGAGGCACGGCAACAUCCACCUGUCCGCGCCCUGCAUCUAUUCGGAGGUGAUGGAGGCGCUGGAGCUCAGGCCCGGCCUCUCCUUCCUCAACCUGGGCAGCGGCACGGGGUAUCUCAGCACCAUGGUGGGCCUGAUCCUGGGGCCGUUCGGGGUAAACCACGGAGUGGAGCUGCACCCCGAUGUGAUCGAGUACGCGUACGAGAAGCUGGACUUCUUCAUCAAGAACAGCAAGAGCUUCGACAGCUUCGAGCUGUGCGAGCCCUGCUUCGUGGCGGGGAACUGCCUGGAGAUCGCCCCGGAGACGCAGCAGUACGACCGGGUGUACUGCGGCGCCGGUGUGCAGCGCGACCACGAGGACUACAUGAGGAGGCUACUGCGCGUGGGCGGCAUCCUGGUGCUGCCGCUGGAGGACAAGUUGACGAAGAUCCGCAGGACGGGGUACAACAGCUGGGAGACCAAGAAGAUCAUCGCCGUGUCCUUCGCUCCUCUGGUGCUGCCCAAGCACCCAGAGAACAGCAGCCCAGAGCCAGUACCCCUACCCUCCAUGUUCGAGGUGCGGGCGCUCCAGGACCUGGCCCGCAUCUCCAUCCGCCACGUCCUGACGGAGGCCCCGCCGCCCCGAGUCCUGCCCAAGAAGAGGCUCCUGUCGGGGGGGCCGGCGGCGGCGGCGGCGGCGGCGGCGGCGCUGCGGCCGCGGAUCCUCCCCCAGCAGCAGCAGCUGGCCCGCGCCGUGUUGGCCAACCGCUACACCUUCGUCAGCCGCCUGCUCCCUGAGCCCCUGGACCGGGGCCCGGCCUACGGCGCCAGGGAGGCCUGGGAGGAGGACGAGGAGAGGGAGGACGACGAGGAGGAGGACGACGAGGGGCGGGAGACGGACUGCCGGGCGUCGGAGCGGUUGAGCCGCGUGGAGGAGGAGGAGCAGGAGGAGGAGGAGGAGCAGCAGCGGCGGGAGGCCGGGGCGCUCCUGCAGGAGUCCCCCGUGAACCGGCUCAGGGAGCAGAUACUGGGGCUGCCGCUGCCCGAGCCCCUGAAGAUGUACCUCCUGCACUACCGGGAACAGUAA